CAAUCGUUAACAAUGAUUUUCACAAGAACGCUGUCACGUCUGCGGGAUUUUGGAUUCCUCGAGCAGCCACGAAAAACAAGCGUCUUCCUGCUUCCCAUCUUCGUUCUUUUUUGUCUCUUCCAGGAGACCGUAUGCGACGAUUUUAGCGAAGGAUCUUCAGGUAAAUUAAGGAAAGACAGUGUUCGUCACUGAUUUAUUUCUGGCCUCUAAACAUAGUUCAUCUUUAAUAUUCCAUGUUCGCUGCGUUACAUACCAUAUUUGUUUUCUAGAUGAAAAAGCUUAGUGCAAUGAUACACAUGCCAAGACAACAACAAAGUUCUCUCCACCAUUCAUGUUAUCGCAAUUUUUACUAUAUGAAAUAACCCUAGCGGAAUUAAUCGUCAAAAAGUGGCAAACUCUUCAAUAAGGAUUUUGUUCCAUUGUGAAAGGAAACUACUUCCGUUGUCAUAAAUCUCCAGAAGGCUUCUCUGAACUUUAAUACUUCUCAACAAUAAAAGAGACUAUUACUGUAAUGCAGAUUAACUUAAAUCACCCAUACGAGGUGUCCGAGAAUCACUGUUCAUUGUACAUGAUGUGUUUACUGUAAGUUUAUUCUUAGCUCCUAUUAUACUCCCCUUUGCAGUAAACGUAUAAUUUUAUCAUACAUUUAUAGCAUAUAUACCCAAAAACAGUGAGCGAGAAAAAAACUAACGAAAGGUAAUAUUUAACAAACAAUUAAUGUAAAAGAAAAUGUUAGUUUCGUUCCAACUGUACCAUUCAGCAACCAUCUGAUACAAGAUUCUCUCUCUUUGUUUGUAAAAAACAUCACUGAAAAAGAAUGUGACGUGGUUUGAGGAGUCCCCGAAAGCAAAAUGUAACGAACUACUGCAUUCACGUCAUACAAUAGCAAACAGUUUUAUGAACAUUUAAGAACCUUUAAGAAAGUCAGUUCUUAAUUGCUCGUAAUAUAAAUAUAUUCCAUACACUUAACCCCUAGACAGUUCCAAUAGGUGUCAAGCAUCGAUUUUCUUAUAACAACAUCCAUACAUAAUCAAGAACAAUGGCUAUGAAAAUCAAUCAAUUGAUUACCAAGUGCGACGGAUAAUUAAUAAUUUUAGGAUUCGACUUUCGUAUGGUCUGAAGAUUUAUAUCAUAUCGAGAAGGAUGUUAUUAGCUUCAGUACUCAAGAAGUGGAAAAUAUCUGGAGGAAAGAGUGGAAAGGAAACAUUUUCUUUUCGCACGGUAGAAGCCACAGUCGAGGUGUACUUCUACCGGUAAGGGAUAACUUAGACUUUCAACUACGAUCUAUCAAGGUUGAUUCUCAAGGUCGCUAUGUUUUCCUAGAGGUUUCCAUUCGGGAAUCACCAUACUUUCUUUUAAAUCUUUACGCUCCAAACAAAUGUAGUGAACAAUGUACUUUUUUUAAAGAAAUAUCAGAAAUUUUGAAAGCUGCUAGAACAGAACAGGAUUACUCAAUUAUCGUCGGAGGCGAUUUUAACGUCAUACUUGACCCUGACUUAGAUGGACGGGGCGGAAACAACAGAAAGAAAGACUCCGCAAAAUUAUUUGAAGAUAUGCACCUCGAUUUCGAUUUGGUUGAUAUCUGGCGUAUUAGGAACCCCACUACACCACUAUUUACUUGGCGUCAAAAAAUUCCGGUUGUGCAGAGGCGUCUAGAUUUUUGGCUUAUAAACGACAGUUUGCAAGAUGAGAUAAUUUCAGCGGAGAUUGAAACAGUAAAAGUAAAGCCCGUGAAAGAAGAGCAAAACUACAAAAGGUGGAAGAUAAGCUGAAGGAAUGUACCGAAAAAUGUGAUAUUGAUCCAAAUAGUGGAAAUCUCGAGGAACUGGAGUGUCUUCAAACAGAAUAUGAUCAAUUGUACGAUUACAUUACACAAGGGACAAUCAUUCGCUCUAGGGCAACCUGGUAUGAAAUGGGUGAGAAAAACAACAAAUAUUUUUUGAAUUUAGAAAAUUCAAAUAAAACUAAAAGCAGUGUCCGCAAAAUCUUAACAACUAAUGGAGCAUUAACUAGCGACCCAAAAAAGAUUAUGAACGAAUUGGAAUUAUAUUAUUCUAAUCUCUCUGAUGGUAGAAAUUCCGCAGACACGCAGACUAUUUCUUCGUUUUUAAAUGAUCUCACCGAUGUUCCAUUUUUAGCCGAGGAGAAGGGGAACGUUUGCGAGGGUAUCCUUAGAUAUGAUGAAUGCCAUAAUGUAUUACAGACCAUCUAAAAGAACAAAUCGCCAGGGAACGAUGGUUUAACAGCCGAAUUUUACUUAGCCUUUUGGUCCUUGCUUGGAAAGUUGGUAGUUGAUAAUUUGAACUAUGCUUUCGAAUACGGUGAACUAUCGAAUUCACAGAAACAGUCCGUCAUCACCUUAAUUGAAAAGAAAGGAAAAGACAAAAGGCUGGUGAAGAAUUGGCGUCCAAUAUCUCUUGUAAAUGUUGAUGCUAAAUUGGCGUCUAAAACUUUGGCAAAGCGUUUGCAAAAGGUGCUUCCUGAAGUAAUUCAUUUUAAUCAAAACGCGUUUGUAAAGGGGAGAACAAUUUUUGAUGCCGUCAGAACGAUUGAUGAUGUGAUUGAAUAUGCUUGGUACAAAGAUAUACCUGGGAUUCUAGUAGCUAUAGAGUUUGAAAAAGCUUUCGACUCGCUCACUUUAAAUUUUCUUUUAAGAGUACUACAUGCAUUUAACUUUGGUCCUUCUUUUAUUCAGUAGAUACGGGUCUUAUAUAACAACGCCUCUAGCUGUGUAAUGAACAAUGGUUUUACAACAGGACCUUCUGCACUAAGUAGGGGAGUAAGGCAGGGAGAUCCCCUCUCUCCCUACCUGUUUAUAAUAGCUUUGGAGACCUUAGCUGUAAAGAUAAGAGAAGAUGAUGGCAUUAAGGGCAUUACGAUACGAGAUGAACCUGUUAAACUUCUUUCCCUUUUCGCUGAUGAUAUGACCUGUUUUAUCAAAGAUAGUAGGUCAUAUACACAAACCUAUUCGUUACGCUGAAGACUUUUGGUGAAUGUUCUGGUUUAAAAAUAAAUAAUGAAAAAACCGGAGCCUUAGCUUUAGGGAAUAGUAGUUCUCUUUGGGAGGGAUAUUCUGAAAUGCCAAAUCUUUGUAACAGUAUUAAAAUUCUUGGCGUUUACUUUGGCUAUGACGCUAAACAAAGAGAUGAAUUGAAUGUUGGGAAUACUUUGAAAUCACUUAAGAAGACAAUCAAUUUGUGGAAAUGGCGUGGUCUUUCUCUCUUAGGUAGAAUACAAAUUAUAAAAACCUUUGCCAUCACCAAGCUUAUGUUUAGAGUGUCGGUGUUGCCAAUUUCUAAAGACCUUAUCAAAGAGGCCUACUAGCUUUUAUACUAUUUUAUUUGGAAUGGGAAAGAUAAAGUAAAACGAAAUGUGAUGAUAUCGGAAGUUGAGAAGGGUGGCUUAAAUAUGCUCGAUAUUGAUUCUGUGGUUCGUACUAGACGAGUGGACGAGUGAUAUGUUAAAAAAUAUAUUUGGAACACUAUAAAAGUCCGUGGAAAGCUUUUUUAAACGAGAUUCUUAUCCCCGUUGGUGGGAAGCUCAUAUUGCAUUGUAACUUUGAUACUUCUAAAUUAAGUAUUUAUCUACCAAGUUUCUACAAGCAAUGUCUCGAUGCGUGGUCAGAAGUAAAUGCAAAAACGCCCAGCUUGCUACAUGAAAUUGCAAAUGAAGUUAUUUGGAGUAACAAGCUUCUCUGCAUUAAUAAGAAAUCUGUGUAUCGUAGAGAUAUUGCAGAUUUAGGGUUUUUAAAAAUUUGCGAUUUAUUUUCAGCUAAAGAAAAUCUCAAUCCUGAGCAAGGUUUCUUCAUUAUGGGUCUUAUUAACUCUAUGCCUGCCAGUUGGCGCUUGACAACCAAAAGGGCAACUACUGCACCGGUGAUUGAUCCACUUCCGGAUUCACCUGCUAUUCUAAUAAGUAACAAUUUGGUUCCAAUUCUUGAUGCUUCCUCAAAGCAAAUCUACCGGCUUUUCCUGGAGAAAAAACAAACAACGCCUACUGCUAAAGUAAAGUUAGCUGCAAAGUAUUCAAACAUUGAUAUUGAUUGGAAAAGUGUUUUUCGCUUUCUUUUCGCACGACAUUAGAAUCUAAACUUAGAGAAUUUCAGUUUAAAAUUUUAAACCGUAUUGUCUUUACAAACGAAAAACUGUUUCGUUUCGGCAUGGCUGAGUCCCCAUCCUGUGCUUUCUGCCAAACAGAGGUUGAAUCCGUAGAGCACUUACUCUUUUCCUGUACAGUAUCAUCUAGUUUUUGGAAACAUGUCUUGUCCUGGUUGCGCGAUUAUAACAUCUCUGUUCAUAACCUUAAAGAGGACGAUGUCAUUUUUGGUAAGUUCGAUAUUGCAGAAGAUUUUCUCCUGUUUAACCAUAUUUUGCUUCUGGGUAAGUUUUAUAUUUACUCUCGGAAAUACCAGAAUGGUAUACCUUCUCUUCAAGGUUUUAUAGCCAGGACAAGGCGUAUUUACAACAUCGAACUCCAUAUUGCUAGGAAAAGAGACAAAUUAAACAAUAAUUUUAGAAAAGGGGAAAACUUAAUAAGCGUUUUCACGAAUAAGUGAUGUUAUGAUUAAUUUCAAUCAUUAGUUUAAAGCGCUGUCAUUGUAAUUUACAUACUAACGGUAUUGCUGUAACAGCUUUGUUUAGCUUUGUAUUCUUCUAUUUGUGCUAUAUAAGUGUGUGUGUGUGUCUUUCUCUUUCUUAAUUUAUAUUUUGUAUGUAAACGUAAGAAAUGCUUUAAUUAGAAAAUAAACAAAUAAAUAAAUAAUAAAAUGUUAUCAGUUCAAUGGAUAACACCCUUCUCGAUCUCCAUAAUAAUUCAGAUCAUAGAUCGUGCGAAAACUUCAUUUGUCUGUUCUUGGGCAUUUAAAAAGAUUUAAUUUUAGUCAGCAGAUAUUCUUCAAAUAGCAACAGUCAUCCAUCGAGUUGAAUUUUUGUUCUUCUUGCAAUGUUUUAAAGCAGGAUUUCAUCAUAUUCUUCUUUGCAAAACGUGUGAAAUAUUCCGCCAGCGUAGUACCCAGGCUUUUCAGUUGCCGUGCCUUCACGUAGUUUCUAUAUUACGCGCCUUUGGUGUCAUUUUUACGGGAUGUCGCAAACGUCUUCCAAAUGUGGUCAACGCUAGCUGGCUGGGUAAUUUGAGCCAAAACAUUACAACAUUUUGAAUGAAAAAUGACACUCUUUGCGCUCUUUCAGCGGACAGAAAGUCUUCCUUUCUAUUGUCCACUAGCGAUACUAGCGAACAAUGAAGUCCCAAAGUAAUGGGAAGAAAAUAUGGAUUGCUUACCAUUUUGACAGAAAAAAUCUGGUUGGGGUGUCGAAAGCAUAGUGGUAAGCGAUUUACCAGUUUACCGCAGAAUUGCCACAUCCGUUACGGUUUAAAUCCAAAAAGGGGGCGAAUGCGUCUGGAACCGAUAAAUUGGUAAACAUACUCGUCAAUUUUUGGCUGGAAUUUCCGAAAAGUGACCUUACCAUUUAUCAUCCGUCCGGAAUUUCCGAAAUUUUCUGUCAAAUGGUAAGCACCCAUGAUGAGUGCGUUGGUGGUCGGAAAAGGAAAGACGGAAACAAGGGCUGGCCACCUCCUAGCUAAAAAAAGGUUCCCCAAGUUGUUACCGCCAGCUUAACGCAUUUUGGUAUUGUUCCGUUUGUACGUUGUGGCUCUUGGUUCGUAUCAAUAAAACGUGGACAACUGUAAUUUUAAGGUAAUAACUAUAUUUAAGAGAAUGGGAACAAUAAUACACUAACAAAUUAUACCAGUUAAUAAACGUAAUGCAGAAUCCAGUGGCUAGGAGGGAAUCGCACAUAAAAAGGAAGGGAAUGCUCGUCGUCUUACCCGGGGUGCGAAUUGCGGAUGUUAGUCUUCUUUAGGAAGGAAAGCCAAUACUUUAACAGAAAGUCAAACGCACUGUGUUGAUGUAUGGUCUCGUAAAACUGUUUUAGAACAUGGCUGGUUCCUCGAACGGAAGAGAUGAAGCGAAUCAUGUGUUAACUAAAUAGUGGCCUCGUUCUUCUUUUUGGGCGUUCUUUUUUAUGGAUAACAAAAGAUCUAGGCCAUUAUCCAGUCAGUUGACCUCAAGACUGGUCGAUCAAAUAACACAUAUAUGGACCCGUUUUUGCCUUUAUUGCGUUUUUUUUUCUGACGACAACCUCGUCUCGGUCUCAAAAUAACACCAAAAAAGUUUACCUGGGAAUAUAGAACCAUCUAAACUUCACGUUUAGUAAAUGAUGCAAAUAGAAAAUGUCUUCCUCCCCAGCUCUUCCCAGGGGACAUUUCACUGACUGUAUACAUAUUCAAAUUAACUAGUAUAAACUAAAUAAAAAAGCCUGAUGUUGCCUUUGACACUACAAAUUAAAACUCGCCUAGGAAAAAGUGCAAUUGUAAAUUGAACUUAUCCAAUUUCACGUAUCUGGAAGAAAGUAAUCAACUGACCCUAGCCCCGACCUGAACUUUUCUGUUUACCUAUGGGUCUUGCGAAAGAAAAAAAUAUCUGGAUACUAUUACUAUGAAACUCGUGAAACUCGCAAAACCGUGAACAUCAGAAAUAUUUACGGAAUGUUAUUGUGUUGCGAGAAAUUAGCCAAUAAAGUGCGAGAUAACCAAACCGCAAACAUUAACGAUAAUUAGUUUGUGGUUUUGAGGUUUGAUUGCGCAUCCUGAACUUUGUUUUAAUUGGCCAGUAUACAAUAAACGUUCCUGAAAUUUUUCAGAUGCUCACGGUCUUCUGAGUUUGCCAGUAGACUGGCUGUGCAGGAGGUUGUUUUAAAACUAAACUCUUCUGUUCAAUAGUGGGCUAUUUCCGAGUUCUAAAGACUUCCACCUUCAAAACAAGGCCAAGUUUAAAACUUUGCUUGCGAAAAUGAAUUUUAUUUACAUGUGAGUAGAAAAUCAUGUUCAUACCAAUGGCUUUGCACUUAGCCCCGCUAUGAAACAGAGGUUUUAUGCAACUCGGAAAUGACCUAUUCAUCAACCCAGUUGACUUGUAUUGGAGUUUAUACAGGUGUACAUGUGACUUAAACGCUUCCUAAUGAUUGGUCAUAAUUUAGUUAAACAAAUCAAUGAAUUCUACAAUUAUAUUUACAUUUAGAUGUCAACUGUACAAAAGUCUCCGUCAUUGAACUACGUAAUUUGGGGUUGUGUGCUCCUGGUUUUAACGCGAAUGGGGCCUGGCGAUGUAUCAGAGGCAAGAAUUCAAGUAACAAUCUUCAGAUCUCAGAACAAAAAAUUCUAAUACGUGUGGAGUGUGAGAAAAACAAGUUGCAAGGUAAGCAACGCUUAACAAUAGACCUUCUUACCGAUACGGCGGCCAUAUUGAAUUUAUUAGAUUUAAGGAAUAUUAUGGGAUGCCCAGAGGGCACUCGCUACGUAUUUACGCGCGCUUUUUGGGCCAAAAGAGGACUUCACUGUAUAUUUCUCGGGGAAAAGGCGGUCAUUACUACAUCCAAACACGGCACAACGAUCUUUUUUCCCAUUGCAAUCUUCUUCUAGGAAAACUUAAAGCAAAAUUGGCCCGAAGAGCGCGCGUAAAUACUGAGCGAGUAUAUUAGGUGGUGCUCAUGCCCCCUGGACAUCUCAUAAUACUCCUUAAAUCUAAGUAAUUCAAUAUGGGCGCCGUAUCGGUAAAAAGGUCUAUUAUUCUUUGAAAUCAAGGUGAAUAAUCGCUAAAUAUUUACCAAGCCGGGAAGCGCCGAGAUAAGUAUUUCUAAAGCCACUAUUCACCGAGAUUGAAAAGAAUCUCUGUUUUAAUAUAUACAUACCGAGUGAUCUCUUUAAAAUCAGAAAGGAAACCAUUAAAAAGUACGAUUUGAUUGACGGAUCAAAUCAUGCGUGAAAACUUGCAUGUAAUGUAAAUGCGCGAAAGUUAGAUCGUUGCAGAAUUUUUAAACAUGGCAAUUAGCAAGUUUACCACAUCGCAAACAACAGCGUAAUGGCUUAAAUGGAAGCGUUAAAAGUUGUAAUUGUUUUUCUUACCUGACAAGAAAAGUAGAGCUUUGUUAUUUUCUGUUAACUGGCCAAGUUUAUAACCAAAAAGCAUUUAACUUGACUGGCUUUAAGCUUCUGGCCAAUCUUUUAAAACAAGCUAACAAAUUUUAAUAGAUGAUGUUCAUUUUUUUUUCUUCAUUGUUGGACGAUUAACGUCAAUCACCGAAUAAUUCAACAUUGUGAAAGGAAUUAUCCACGCAUACGGGAGCGGUUUUGUAAACACAGAACCUCGCGAGUGCGAAAAAACGGGUAAAAGUGAUCCACUUUUUUGUCCAUAACCUUAUUUUCCAGCAUAACACGGUUUGGCCUUUGCUAAAGAAAUCUCAAAGCAAAUUACUAAGCCUAUGACACAUUCUAACAGAAAUUAUACCUUAUGGACUCAAAAUAACUCUUGUAACUACAAUAAGUUAAAUGACGAGGAGUUUUCUGUCCAUCCAUGGUUCAGUAAUACUACACAGAAAAUUAUGUACAAAAGAAUAAUGAAAAAACUGGAUAAAAACAGAAUUUAUGUUUAAGCAUAUAUGGUCUCCGCAAGUCUGACUCAACCAAAUACGCCAUUACAGAGUUUUUCAAAAAUAUGACAAAGAUUUUAAGCUGAAAACAACAUGUACACGGUAGGCCAUUUCCAAGUUCCAAAAACUCUUGCUUUUAAAAUUAAGCUUAGUGAAAAACCUUUUUCUACAAAUCAGUGUUAUUUGCAUAAGAAUCAUCGCUAUAUUAACUUACAAUGAAAUAUCGAGUGCAUCAGGGAUCUGAUUAUUAUACACUUAACGUCAGAUCGGGUAGAAACACUUUUGUUUUCCCGAAACUCCUGAUGUUGCUGCCACUUCAUCUCAGAAUCAUCCGGACUAAAGGGAAAAUAAACCUAAAUGGUUUCCUGAAGGAUAUGACAUUCAGGGCCAGUUAUUUAAUUGAAGUUUAGCCAGUGUUUAAUAAAACCCCGUCCUAAGCCAUUUUCAGUUUGCGAACGCUUUUAUGCAAACGCCAUUUAUUGUGAAUAGUUUCAUGAAAACAUAUCGCCGAGACUAUAAAAGCAUUUGUCUUCUUAAAAUGACCCACUAAGAAAAAAUCUGGAGAUCCAGAGAUUUCCUAAACCGCGGUAUAAGUUAGACUUCGUUUAAAUAGCCGACGCUAAUGUUUUGUGACAUUCCUAGACGUUCACUUCAACAGCGACAAAGAAUUCGUCACUUUAGAAGCAAGAGGGUAACUGGGGCCAAAAUGUGUCUGGCUGAAUUGUUUCUGGUAUCGUUACUGGAGAAGCGCCGGUCAGUUUAAGCCUGCUGACCAAUUUUUUUUCCUGUCCCUAAUAAUAGUCCCAGAAGUCUUUGCAAGAGUUAACUCGACCGGGUUUCCUUCUCGUUUAAAAAGUGGCGCAAUAAAGAUUAAAUUAAAACAAGGGUGUUAAUAAAAGGAGGAACAGCGAACGAACCGAGGGAUCGGGAAAAAGAAAAAAAAAAUAACACAAUAGUAAUAAAUUCCCACUGGGAGCCCUCACUACCAAACGCCCCAGGCAAGGAUAAGAUAUGGGAAGAAGCGAGCCCUACGGCUGCUCCUCCCGAAAGCUGGGGCAAACUACCACAAUAAACCAGAAACACGUAACUCUCCCCAAAACUCAAAAGAAAAGGUUUAUUAUUGACAACUCUUGACAGUCCUAGCACGAUACUAAAAAACGGAGAGACAAGUAAAAUAACCUCACGGGAAAACUGGCGUAAAGAUCGUAAAUUCACCGUGAUCGCUAUGGAAGGCGGACUGAGAGGGACUACAACGCGAGACCUUUCCCCUUCUCGAUUGCUCCAUCGGAUAGUAUAAAGCGAUAUCUGAACUGGGAGGAAAUCGUAACGAGCAUUGUAACAGGGCGAGGCUUACAAAUGAAAAAACUAAAGGGCAACACUAACCAACGAAAUGGUAGGAAAGGGAAAAGUCAACCGCGAAGCAGCCCCGAAAUACCCCGUCCAGGGACAGAGCAAUUAAGGGUAUAAGAAAACCCCAUCGAAGGCCUACCAGCGGUUGACUUAAGGAAGGAUAACCCGAGGAACAAGUGACACGGACCAUUUGCUAACAACUCGACCAAGCACAAGGCACUCUAACGUGAUGACCAAUGAUGCAUUCAUAACAUUACAUAGCCGCAGAUCACAGAGUAAAAAUCGAUAACAGAUCACACAGUACAAAGAAUCGUCACACAUGCAGACACAAAUCAAAUCUCCAUACGGAGUGCCAAGAAGAAUAUGAGUCAUAAACACGCCAGAAUGGAAAGUAAAUUGGUCGCACAGACCACGACAGGACAAAACCGGCUCAAGGACGUGUUCAUAACAUUUGUCACACAGACUUGUCACAUUGACUCGUCACGUCACGUCACUCGUCACAUAAAUCAAAUCUUAAGAGAGAGUACCGAUCAUAAAUCACGCGAAAAUGAAAAGUAAAUUGGUCACACAGACCCUGAUAGGACAUCGGCACACAGCUGGAUGCAUCACAUUUGUCACACAGACGAGAAAACUAAAUUCGUCACACAGACAAGAAAACUAAAUCUGACACACAGACGAGAAAACUAAGUUUGUAACACAGAGGAGAGAACAAAAUUUUGUACACAGAGGCGAAAACUAAACUUGUCACACUGACGGGAAAACUAAAUUUGUAACAGAAUUGUAACACAGACGGGAAAAACUAAACUUGUCACACAGACUUGUCGCACGGACGGGAAACCAAAGUUGACACAGACGCGGGAACUAAAUUUGUCACACAGACGCGAGAACUAAACUUGUCACCCAGACGGAAAACUAAAGUUGUCACACAGACGCGAAAACUAAGGCUGUCACACAGACACGAAACCCAAACUUGUAACACAGACGGAAAACUAAACUUGUCACACAGACGCGCAAACUAAACUUGUCACACAGACUUGUCACACAGACGGAAAACUAAAGUUGUCACACAGACGCGAAAAUUAAAUAUGUCACACAGACUUGUCACACAGACGCGAAAACUAAAUCUGUCACACAGACUUGUCACACAGACGGAAAACUAAAUUUGUCACACAGACGCGAAAAUUAAAUAUGUCACACAGACGCGCAAACUAAACUUGUCACACAGACUUGUCACACAGACGGAAAACUAAAGUUGUCACACAGACUUGUCACACAGACAGAAAACUAAAUUUGUCACACAGACGCGAAAAUUAAAUAUGUCACACAGACUUGUCGCACAGACGCGAAAACUAAAUUUGUCACACAGACUUGUCACACAGACGGAAAACUAAAUUUGUCACACAGACGCGAAAAUUAAAUAUGUCACACAGACUUGUCACACAGACGGAAAACAAAAUUUGUCACACAGACGCGAAAAUUAAAUAUGUCACACAGACUUGCCACACAGAGGGAAACCUUAAGUUGUCACACGGACGGAAACUAAGUUGAAACAAAGAUGAGAAAACUAAAUUGGUAACACAGACGCGAAAACUAAAUUUGCACACAGACACCAAAACUAAAGUUGUAACACAAACGCGAAAAUAAAAUAGUAAUCCAGACGCGAAAACUGUAAACUUGUACACAGAUGCGAAAACUAAACUAUUAGCACAAACGAAGCGAGAACCAAGCUAAAAGACCAACAACGCCUAGCCCGAAAAACGCGCCCAGGAAACGAAUACAAGGACAAGAGAAAACACCAACCUCCUGAGCCGCAGGUUGGGGCGCAGGAACCACGUUGUCGUUAGCGUUCUGUGCGUUGUUGUCACCGGCAGCGUCGGCUGGAGCCGGAGGCGCGACAACUGGAGGGUCAACGGCCGCUACAACAGCCCCAUCCGCAGGAACAACAGGGACAGAAUUGAUUACUGAUAGGGCUUGGGUUCAAGUCUGUUUCAAGGUUUUGUUCCCAUUUUUCAUUUUCUUGUUCCCCGUUCUAGUAGCAUCCAUGAAAACAAUUUUGAUACCUACAAAGCUUUAUAAGAACACAAAACUGCUGAAUGAUCGCGUCACAAAAUACUCUUAUUGUAUCUGCAGCUUUUCUCCUUACCACCUGUUGUGUCUCUUCUUAGAUAACGUUGACAAUUCUUUACUUUUUAGCUCAACGCUUCAGGUUUGUGUCGUUGUGUUCACUCAAAAGAGUGAAAAAUGGUAAUGUUUUUCCCGCUGUCUUUCACGCUGCCUUGCACCGUGCUUGGAUCACUCUUUGUGUUUUUCAAGCGGGUACAAUUACUGAAUUGUACAGGGGCGGAUCCAGGAUUUUUUUUAGGAGAGGUUGCACUCGUCUCUUGCUCGACUUCAACACCAAUAAACCACAUAGUUUUUUUUUUUUGAAGAAUACCAGUUGUAUUCGAAAACCGCAGGUCAUGUCAGGGGGGGGCACCCCCUGCACCCUCCCCCUAGAUCCGCCCCUGUUGUAUCACGAUGGGGAUACAUUUUUCAAUCAAUUAGGUGGCCGUCGGUUAACAACUACUGUAGUAUAAUGUUAUUUUUACAUGUGUAGGUGAAGAGAAACAAGGAACAAAGAUGGAAGACUUCUUCACAAGUUUUUGGAAGUAUUUCCUGUACGGUGCA